AUGUACUUUCCUCCCCCACAGUUUCUGGGCGGCUGGUACGUGAUCCGCAAGACCGACACCACGAGCAGCUGCCUGAAGAACGAGUACCUGUUCCACGAACCCAGCGGGGAGUACCGCAUCCUCGAGACUCGGGACUGGUUCGUCCUCGACCGACUGGGGAUCGACACGGACCUCGCCCACGAGGGGAAACUCGACUUCUUCCACGGGGACCAGGCCAGGAUGAGGGUCAAGUUCAAUCUCAACAUGGCCGGCAAGGCCGACUACCUCAUCCUGGACACCGACUACAAGAACUUCGCCGUCGUCUACGAGUGCCAGGACCUCGUGAACUUCCUCGGGCUGGUCCGCCUGAGGCGUCGCAGCGGGGCCCUCCUCGUCCGGGACCUCGCCUACGACAACCCCACGGUCGUCGAGAAGUCCCUACGCCGCCUCAAGGACCUGGGCGUGUCGACGGACGUCGUGGCCCACGAGGGCUGCGCGAACCCCAAGUUCAAGUUCACGGCGGACGAGCAGCUGGUGAAACGGGUGACGGAGACGGUGCGGGGGGUCGGGGAGGCGGUCGACACGGCGGUCAAGGACGUGGGGAAGGGGAUCGAGAAGGUGCUCAAGGACAACCGGCACGUGCUGAACGGGGCGGAGGACGUGUUCACGGGGGUGGUGGAGGGGGUGAGGCGCGUGUUCGCCGCGGACUCGGCGCCGGAUUCCCUGCCGGUGCUGAUCACGCACGAGGACACGGAGCGACCGGAGACGGCCACCGCCCGAGGCAAGCAGGACUCGAACGUCAUUCUGUGA